AUGCGGUUGUCUUACGUUUGGGAAGGCCAACAGAAGGAACUAGGAAGACAAAAAGCACCUGGUUCUUGUCCUUUCUGUGGUGGCAAAGUGGAAGCCAUGGAUGUUGAGGUUCAGUCCAAGCUCUGUUUCUUACCCAUGUGUUUUCAAAUCAAGAGAAAAUACUCUUGUACUCUUUGUUCUAGACGCUUAGAAAUUUUGUAUGAUAAUGCUUAA